CAUUGCAGGGAUCCGAGAUGACCAAGACGUACGCCAAGCCCGGAGAGAUGGCGGAGCUCGUGAGCACCCAAGCCUGGAUGGAGGAAGCGUUGAGCUCCAAAGACGAGCUGAAGGAAGAGGACGGCAGGCCGGGACCUUUCGGAUUGAUGGCUGGCUUGAACGAGGAGCACGACAGCAUUGAGGAAGAGGAGGAGGAAGAGGACGACGGGGAAAAACCGAAGAGGAGAGGACCAAAGAAGAAGAAAAUGACCAAGGCGAGGCUGGAGCGGUUUAGGGCCCGGAGGGUCAAGGCCAACGCCCGGGAGCGCACGCGGAUGCACGGCCUGAACGAUGCUCUGGACAACCUGAGGAGGGUGAUGCCCUGCUACUCCAAGACGCAGAAACUCUCCAAGAUCGAGACGCUGAGGCUUGCGAGGAACUACAUCUGGGCUCUGUCGGAGGUGCUGGAGACGGGGCAGACUCCCGAAGGGAAGAGCUUUGUGGAGAUGCUCUGCAAGGGCUUGUCCCAGCCCACCAGCAACCUGGUCGCUGGCUGCCUGCAGCUGGGACCCCAGACCUUGUUCCUGGAGAAGCACGAGGAGAAGUCCCCGGCGUGCGAGUCGGCCGUAUCCAGCCACUCCUUCAGCUACCAGUCGCCGGGGCUCCCAAGCCCACCCUACGGCACCAUGGAAACGCAUCUGCUGCAUUUAAAGCCGCCGACCUUCAAGAGCUUGGUGGAUGCUUCCUUUGGGAACCAUCCCUCUGACUGCACCCCCCCCCCCUACGAGGGUCCCCUGACGCCGCCCCUCAGCAUCAGCGGGAACUUCUCCUUGAAGCAAGACGGGUCUCCAGACCUGGAUAAAUCCUACACCUUCAUGGCCCACUAUCCCUCGGUCAGCCUGGCUGGAGCCCAUGGACACGCCUCCCACUUCCAAAACGCAGUGCCCCGCUACGAGAUCCCCAUAGACAUGAGCUACGAGUCCUACCCCCACCACGUGGCCGGGCCCCCGCUCAACGCCAUCUUCAACGAGUAG